GGCGACUCGUGGAGGGCAAGUAAAGAGAGCUUGACAGAGCUUGGAUGGGGGUCGUUGGUUGUAGUGCGAUGGAUGUGGACGUGCAAUGUGUGGACGAAAGGAUUCCAUUUGUGCGAGUAUCAACUCGAUGCAAGACAGCUGCGUUUGUAAUAGGCUGCUGUAGGCAUUCAAUGAGGGCUCAAUGAGUGUUACUCACAUGGUAUCACAGUGCGCGCUGUAUCACAGCAAGCGCCCUCUCAUCUCUAUAUGGUCUUGUGUUGAGGUUACUGCCACCAAGCCAACAUGGUGUAACUCAGAGUACCAGAACACGCGAACCAUUGCUCCUCCAUGUAUCCUCCGUCUUCUUGUCACUUUUCUUGUUGGACUUGGGUGGUGCCCUUCACCGUCUCCCUUCUCCCCUCUCCUCUCCUCUCCUCUCCUCUCUCCUGUCCUUUUUCUGAUCCGAUUUCCGUAUUGCUACCGCCGAAAGGGCUUGGUGGGAGAGAGAACAGUGUACUGAGAGUGUCUAUAAUAUCAGGACACUCAUUGCAGCGAACGGAAACGCAGA